AUGGAAGAUAUUACUAGGAGAAACGCCUACCGGUUCGUCGCCUACUCGGCCGUCACCUUUUCGGUGGUCGCCGUCGUUUCGCUAUGCAUCACUCUUCCGAUGGUCUACAACUAUGUGCACAAUGUGAAGAGCCAAAUCAACCAUGAGAUUGCCUUCUGCAAGCAUUCCGCCAAGGACAUCUACUCGGAAGUCAACCACAUCCGAGCCAAUCCCAACAAUUCGACGAGACAGAAGAGACAGGCUUAUGGAGGACAGUGUGAUGGAUGCUGCUUGCCAGGACCAGCUGGACCAGCCGGAGUCCCAGGAAAGCCGGGACGCCCAGGUCGUCCAGGAGCCGCCGGACUUCCAGGAAACCCAGGAAGACCACCAGCGUCGCCAUGCGAGCCAAUCACUCCACCACCAUGCCGCCCAUGCCCACAAGGACCACCUGGACCACCAGGACCACCGGGACCAGCUGGAGAUGCCGGAGCACCAGGACAGCCAGGAUACGGAUCGGGAUCUGGAGCGCCGGGACCAGCCGGACCAAAGGGAGCCCCAGGACCAGCUGGACAGCCAGGACAGCCAGGAGCCCCAGGACAACCAGGACGUGACGCUCAAUCCGAGCAGACCCCAGGAUUCCCAGGACCAGCGGGACCACAGGGACCACCAGGACCAGCCGGAGCCCCAGGACAGCCAGCCGGACCAGGAUACCCAGGACCACCAGGACCAAAGGGACCAUCGGGCGCUCCAGGACAGCCAGGAGCCGACGGAAACCCGGGAACUCCAGGCCAGCCAGGCCAAUCGGGAGGAUCGGGAGAGCGCGGAAUCUGCCCGAAAUACUGCGCCAUUGACGGAGGAGUAUUCUUCGACGACGGAACCUUCAGAAGACGUUAA